AAUGCACAAGGACACAGAAUGGACACAUUUCUGCGACAGCUGACACGGGGCAAUGCAAUCUACCUCAUAAUUAUUUUGGGAAUGGGAGGAAGCUUUCACGUGGGCUACCAUAUUACGGGACUGAGCUCACCGUCACCAUUCAUCCAGCGCUUUAUCAACAGCAGCUGGUUCACACGCUAUGGCGAGGUGCCCCCUCCUCACACCACCACCAUGAUCUGGUCCCUCAUUGUAUCCAUAUUUGCAUUUGGGGGGGUAUUUGGGGUGCUCAGUGCUAGAUUCAUGUCCUCCAAGCUUGGAAGGAAAAAGACCAUGAUGUGCAACAGCUGUAUUGCCAUCGCAGCAGCCAUAGUGAUUUUGACAAGUAAACAGCUUAAGUCUUUUGAAAUGGUCAUAGUAGCUCGGGCCUUGCAUGGGUUUUCUGCAGGUCUGGGCUCUUGCAUCCAUCUUAUGUACCUGGGGGAGAUAUCACCUAGAAAGAUUCGGGGUAUCGUUACUUUUACAGGCAGCACUUUUUCUGCCCUUGGUAAACUGUCCGGACAAGUCUUUGGACUGAGUGAGAUCAUGGGUCGUGAGGAGCUGUGGAACGUGCUCCUGUGUGUGCCAGCCUGUCUCUCAGUGCUCAACAUACUGCUGCUGCCAUUCUUCUCAGAGGCACCAAGAUACCUGUUCAUAGAGAAGGGUGAUGACCAAGCCUGCAAGAGAGCGCUGCAGAGUCUGUGGGGCCCGGGGGACUACAAGGAGGAGAUGGAGGAGAUGCUGGUGGAGCAGGCAGCCAUCGAAGCUGCUCCUCCCAAGAGCCCUCUACAGCUGCUGGGGUCCAGGAGAGCAAGAUGGGCCCUGUUCACUCUGUUGCUCAUCUGUGGCUGCAACCAGAUGUCAGGUGUAACUGUGGUCAGCACAUUCUCUUAUGACAUGUUCUAUGAGGCGGGCGUACCAAAGGACAACAUUCGAUAUGUCACCCUUGCUCUUGGUGUAACAGAAAUUGCCACGUCAGUCUUUUGUGGCUUUCUGAUGGAGCACAUUGGGAGGAGGCCGCUGUUCUGGGUUGGCUAUGGUGUCAUGGCAGUAAGCUGGACAUUGGUCACUGUCACCGUCUAUUUCCAGGACUCUGCUUACUGGGUUCCAUACCUCACUGUUAUAUUUGUUGUCACUGUUAUAGUUUUCUUCUGUGGAGGCCCAGGUGGAAGUGUGAAUACUCUAAACACGGAAAUAUUUAUCCAGUCUGAGCGGAUGGCGGCGGUGGUUCUGGUAGGUUUAUAUCGCUGGGGAUGCUACGCCAUAAUGGGCCUCAUCUUUCCCUUUCUAAUGGCGGCUCUAAGCUCGUAUUGCUAUGUGCUGUUUGCUUGCUGGUGCCUGGUUGGAGGCCUAUACUCUUUCUUCAUUCUGCCCGAGACCAAAGGGAAGAGCGUGCUGGAGAUCUCAGAGGAGUUUAGGACUAUCUCCAUGUGCGGGAAGUCCUCCACUACAGACCAAGAGACCUGUGAGACUGUGUUUUAGCU